CACAGAUUUUCUGCGUGCUGGAUCUUGAACCAGACUCUUCGUCAGCGCCACGAGUGCAGGUUUUGGUCUUCAGAGUCAGAUAUUGAUUGUUCUUUCCGUCGGCUCCGCUACGGGCAGAAUUGGACCGUGAGGCAGCAUCACGAGACUGCAUCUCGACCUACCUCCAGCUGUCUUUAGGAUUCUCGGGGAAAUCUCGGCUGCUCAGCAGACAUAAGGCGCUAAUUGCUACGAAUUCUUUAUAAGAAGCAUAAAUACUUUGCGAAGUUCUAGCAGAAGACAGCUUUCGUAGACUACCUGAUGUUAUACUCGACUUCAUGAUGCGCCUGGCGAAAGUCGUCUAUUCACUUGUCAGCUUUGUGCUCUAUGCUGCCCUUGCUCAGGAAAUGAUUCAGAACAAUCAUCCCUUGAUACAUUUUCAUGGAAGAUGGGAUGACAGUCCUGGAAGCUGGUGGGCAAGCACAGGCUUCAAGCUGAAUAUCGAGAAUCUAAAAUCAUUGACAUUGAAUUUGGGGCUUCAUACAACUUCCCCAUCUGCGCCGAUUGGCGUAUCGGUUGAUUAUGGACCGUUCUCGACAGUCAAUGUCUCUGCUGGGAGCAAUGUAAUUCCACUUGUUUCCUCAAUCACAGAAGGCAAGAGAAACACCGUUGUUCGUAUCAACUCGGAAGCAUGGCAGAAUAAUCGCCUCAAUCUCGAAUCAAUUGAAUUGAACUCGGACGCAAAAUUUUUACCAUACACACCUUCCAAGCUUACGUUCCAGUUCAUCGGUGAUUCCCUUUCAGCAGGUCAGUAUCUUCCGCAAGGCGUCGACCAAGCUUGGCCGUUCCUUGUCAGCGAGGCUUUCAAAGCCGAACAUGUCAUUAUUGCUCAGCCCGGGAUUGCUCUAACUGACAUACCAUCAUAUGGAAAUCCGCGUGGAAUGUCUGUACAAUUCUUCGACACUGAAGAUGCAGGUUAUAUCUAUUCUAUGGACCAUAACUACACAACGCCAUGGAAUUUCAGGUGCGAUCUACCGACUCCUGAUGUUGUAGUCAUCCACAUAGGUGCCAACGAUAAUGGACAAAAUGUGCCUGCCGAAACGUUCGUCCAGAACUAUUUGGACUUCCUUGCACAUUUGAGGAAAAUAUACAAGACUCAGCCGAUGCUUCUCUUCACUCCGUGGGGUUGGCCGCAACCUGAUGGAAGUAUCAGCUACUAUUACCAGGGGAAAUACGAAGAGAUCCUCUCCCGCUGGCAAAAGUCUGGAGGCCGAGAUACUUUCCUGGUGAAUGCUACAGGUUGGGUUUCGCUAGAAGAUGUCUUUCCUGACAACCUGCAUCCCACCGUCUCUGGUCAUCAGAAAAUAGCAGGACUCUUCGAAGAGUGGCUGAACAUUUUCGGCAUUCACCCGCAAGAGGAGUGGGAGACAUUGGUGCAUUGA